AUGGGAGAUCAUUUGUUGAUGUGUGGUAACAAAACAGAUCCGUGCCCAAAUUGUAAAAAAUUUAUUCGUCGAGCUAUGUUUGCUUAUCAUUAUGAAAAUAGUUGCGCUGAUGUGAAUGCCAUCGAUACAGAUGUUAAUUCUACUGCCCACAAUUCUGUUGCUUCAUCAGCAUCUCAGCCUAAUAUUUCGUCACAAUCUUCAACAGGAUCAGCUUCUGGUCACAACAAGCAUAUCACGACAAUGGCAGUUGAUCUUAGAACGCUUCCAAACCAAGAUAGCACCACAUUCCAACAGUCGAGUUCAGGUAGGCUUUAG